ACCUAUGGAACGCCUGCUGGCCGGCUACGCACUGCGGGUUGUUUGUUUCAGGUUGGGAGGCUGACCAUGUCAAGGCUCAACGCUCUCGCUUGGAAACCUAACGCAGUCUGGGAGGAGUACUUGCGGCAGUCGCAUUCUUGGAACAUGGCUGCAUGAACCGACUUUUCGGGAGAUGGAAGAACAUCGCAGCUAUCUGCGUUAGCCCGAGUUGCCCGGCUGUCCGAGGCGUUGUCACCGUGGAUGUCUCUCUGGAAUUCCUCCGUCCUCCGGGUUGUUCUGCUGGCUAGUUAUGUAGUCUGCUAGGUGGUGGGACGGCUAGCUAGCUAGCUAAGUGCACAUCAUCAGCACCGCCGCCGAUCUCUUGUUCGCUCGUGGAUAAAAGAGUAGCAUCUUGCUUUCUUUUAACAUGAGCAAAACUGAAUCAGCUUCAUUUCGAAGUUAGCUAGCUAGCUGUCUGCCGAGGAAUGGAUGGUGAGGGUGUUGGUUUCAUGCAAUAAUUAGCUAGUAGUUAGGCGAGUAAGUUUGUUGUUAAAGCAGUAUUUUUGUCUACUAGUUCCAGCGACUUUUAACCAGUUUAUUAAUAUUUAGAUUGUUUCGCCGGGGUCCAGGAGGAUGUUCCGGAGGCUGGAGAGUGAGUCGGUGAGGCGGGCCUGACGGUUGUCGAGGUUUUUGCAUUAUUUGUUAGUGUUUUGGAGAGGUUCGGGGCAUUAAAAUUCGAGACACGGGGUUUUAUCUUUCUAACACUGAUUGAUCGGUGGUGGUGUGUCUAGUUAUGUGUACUUAGUUAGUACUGCUGUUCCUACGGGCUCACCGCUUCUUUGGCGGUCCGUUGAUUAGGGUGUCGCACCUGCGUCCUCGCUCGGGAGGGACUCAUUUAACACCGAGAAAUCGGUCGGACGCACUUGAGCACGGUUAGUUCAAGUCAGACACCUGUGUACGCUGGACACACCGGCGCUGCGCGCGCUCCGCGGGAGGAGAGGAGUCGAGAGGAGGGGGGUCAUGGAGGGUGGGGGCAACCCGCAGAAAGUCUCCUUUCUCACCAGAGACCUGAGUCGCGUGUUCGGCGGCUACAACAAGCAGGCGGCGCUGCUCAAGAAGAACCUGAAGGAGACCAACGCGUUCUUCCGCGAGAUCCGGCAGAACUGCGGCAACGCCUGCGCGAGCGCCGCCGGCUCGGGCUCCGGCGCUGCCCUCGAGGCAGGCCAGCUGAGUUGCAUCUCCUUUCCCCCCCAUGAGGAGGAGUAUCUGCAGACCAGCGUGGGGAGCACCCCCUCUAUCAUUAUCUUGGGCCAGAACUGUGCUGCCCGAUACCAGAUGCUGAACUACCUCCUUGGGGAGCAGUUACUGCCUCUGGGGCCCGAGGUGGGUGCCGGGUCCUGUGGCGACGGCGGCAGCUGCAAGCGGCGCAAGCUACGAUUUACCCAUGGCCGGCAGACACGCCUCAGCCUGGCGCUGCCUGGCCAGUACGAGCUGGUUCACCAGCUGGCAGCGCACUGUGGCCGCUGGGACACGGUGCCUCAUGAGGACCUAGAAGUCCAGGAUGAGUGUGAGGACCCUGCCCACCGCUUGGCCGAACUUGAGGUCACACUACAUCACACCCUACUACAGGAGUGUAGGAUCGUGGUGGUGCCAUGCCCUACUGUGCAACCCACCGAGGAAGCCCUAGAGGACUGCCAUCGAGACGUGGUGCCCGUCCUCCUCUACGCAGUCAACCAGAGUCUCCUCACAUCCCCCCAAGUGGCUGAGCUGCGCAGGGUUCAGGAGUUCCUGCAGUUCCCCAUCUGUUUCGUGCGCAUGCCAGGCGAGACCUCUGGUGCUGGUGAUCCACCUGAGCGGGAGCGUACUCCCUUGCAACGGCAGCUUGUCUCACUCGGCUUCCUCAGCAGCCCGUCAGGCAACUGCUCCUGCGGGGCCCCAUCUCAGGCCCCUCACCCAGCUGCCAAGCCCCAGAGCGUCCUAGGUGAAGUCUUUGACAGGCUGCACCGGCUGCUGGUGCCCUUUGCCAGGCAGGUCCUCAACAACCAGCAGGUAGAGGCCGCUAGCAUGCUCAAUGGCUUGCACUGCCGCUGCCUGGACCUCUUCAUCAACCAGGCGUUUGACAUGCAACGGGACCUACAAAUCACACCACGGAGGCUGGAGUACACGCGGGAAAAGGAGGGCGAGCUUUUUACCUCCCUUAUGGCCAUUGCUAACCGCAAGCAGGAGGAGAUGAAGGAGAUGAUUGUGGAGACACUGGCCAGCAUGAAGGAGCAGCUGCUAGAGGAUGCUGCUAACUUGGAAUUCACAGAUAUUAUCGUAACACCCAACGGGGAACCUGUGACCUCCAAGGACAUCAAGUCCUGUAUCCAUCAGAUUCAGGAGCUGAUUGUGGUUCGGCUCAACCAGGCUGUGGCGAACAAGCUCAUCAGCUCAGUGGACUACUUGCGUGAGAGCUUUGUGGGCACGUUGGAACGCUGCCUGAGCAGCCUGGAAAAGUCCAACCUAGACACUUCAGUCCACAACAUCACCUCCAACCACCUGAAGCAGAUUCUUAAUGCUGCCUAUCAUGUGGAGGUCACCUUCCAUUCGGGUUCGUCAGUUACACGGUUAGUCUGGGAGCAGAUUAAACAAAUUAUCCAGAGGUUGACAUGGGUGAACCCCCCUGCCAUCACAGCCGAGUGGAAGCGGAAGGUAGCCCAGGAUGCUAUUGAAAGCCUGAGUGCUGCUAAGCUGGCCAAAAGCAUCUGCUCCCAGUUCCGAACACGUCUCAACAGCUCUCAUGAUGCAUUUGCAGCCUCUCUGCGCCAGCUAGAGGAGGGCCACACGGGCCGGCUGGAGCGCACAGAGGACCUGUGGCUCCGCGUGAGGAAAGAGCAUGCCCCCCGCCUGGCACGGCUGUCACUGGAGAGCCGUUCGCUGCGAGAUGUGCUGCUGCACGGCAAGCCAAAGCUGGGAAGAGAGCUGGGUCGAGGGCAGUAUGGUGUGGUCUACCUCUGUGACAGUUGGGGGGGGCACCACCCCUGUGCACUCAAGUCCGUUGUGCCCCCUGAUGACAAGCACUGGAAUGACCUGGCGCUGGAGUUCCACUACACUAGAUCCCUUCCGAAGCAUGAGCGUCUAGUGGACCUGCACGGGUCUGUCAUUGACCACUCCUAUGGUGGUGGCUCCAGUAUCGCUGUGCUGCUCAUCAUGGAAAGACUUCACAGAGAUCUCUACACAGGGCUCAAGGCCGGACUGUCGCUACGGGAACGGUUGCAGAUCGCCCUGGAUGUGGUGGAGGGGAUCCGUUUCCUACACAGCCAAGGCCUGUUGCAUCGGGACAUCAAGCUGAAAAAUGUUCUGUUGGACAGACAGAACCGUGCCAAGAUUACAGACCUCGGCUUCUGUAAACCAGAAGCCAUGAUGUCGGGCAGUAUUGUAGGAACUCCAAUCCAUAUGGCCCCUGAACUCUUUACAGGGAAAUAUGACAACUCCGUAGACGUGUACGCCUUCGGGAUCCUGUUCUGGUAUUUGUGCACUGGUUCUGUCAAACUCCCAGAAGCCUUUGAGAAAUGUGCUAGCAAGGACCAGCUCUGGAACAAUGUCAAAAAAGGUGCCAGGCCAGAGCGCUUGCCUAGCUUCGAUGAAGAGUGCUGGCAGCUGAUGGAGGCCUGCUGGAACGGGGAUCCCUCCCAGAGACCCUUGCUGGGCAUCGUACAGCCCAGUUUGCAAAGCAUCAUGGUCCGGCUCUGCAGUUCAGACUCCGACCAGAAGACCGGGAGUUUUGAUGACUCUACUUGAAUCGCUGGUGGAAGAGGGGAUGAGAAGCACUUGGUGCAGAGAUGCACUGGAAGGUGAAACUGUCAAUGUGGAAAACGAGUGAGGUUCUAAAGGCCAAGGCAGGACUGAUAAUGUGUAUCAAGUCUAAUGUUCUUGCCUUUUAAGGAUUAUAGACACUAUUUAAGAGGUCCUGAGAAUUGCACACAACACACGCAUACGCACAAAUGUGCUUAUAUAUAGUUUGUUUUUGUAUGUAUGUGUUUGUCUGUGUAAUUCAAGCACACACUAUGCUUCUUUUAGCAUGCCUGCUAAUGCUUGCCUUUCAUAGGAUUGUUACUAGACAUAAAAUAUUGUUUUAAAAGUAGUUAGAAAAAAGCAUUAAUUUUGUUCGUAUUUAAAUGUU